UGGGAAUUCCAUCCCAGCACCUCCCCACCCUCCCAGCCAGGAAUUCCUUCCCAGUAUCCAACAUCUGGGGCUCGGAGUGGUCACUGCGACCUCCCGUGCUCGUGGAUGUCCCAGAUGAGAUCGCAGCUCCGUGAUAAUUAAUUGGAUCUUGGAUGAAAACCUUGGAGGGGGCAGGGAACAGCUGGAGCACCUCGGGUGUGCUCAGAGCAGCUCUUCUGUGCUGAUCCAUGGAGGUUUAUUUUUGUUGGUUUAUUUUGUUUGUGGGGGGUUUUUUUUCUCUUUUUAUCCCAAAGACCAAAAUGAAAUCAAACAAAAAUCCCAAGCCAUUAUUUAAAUAAUAGGAGGAGCUUGGAGCCACUGAUUGAAAGGGAUUUAAUUCCAACCUUAAAGCCCAGAGUGCUGCAAUUUCCUGAUUAAUUCUUCCACAAAAAAAAAAAAAAAAAAAAAAAAAAAAAAUCCAAAAAAACCAAGGAUAAAACCCCUCCUAGCCUUGCCCCUGCUCUCCCUGGGUCCUUCCCUUCCCAGGUGAACAUUCCCAGCUCUCUCCUGAGUCUCUGAAGUUGACUUAAACCCCACCAAGCUUUAUGGGCUAUUCCCAAGGCACAUCCCUCCGUCCUGUUUGUGGUUCCAUCCAUCCCAAUGGAAGAUUCACCAUCAGAGUUGAUCCCAAGGUUCUUUCCCACCAACCUCCACCACUCCAUGAUUCCAUUUCCUCCAUUUUCCUCGUGGCUCUUUCCCCUUUUCCCCUUCCCUGGGAAAUAAAAGCCCUUCAUCCCAAGAUGGCCUCUUGGGAACAUUCCAUUAUUCCAUUAUUUAUAUGUUGGGAGCAAACUCUUGAUUCCAUCCCUUUUUUCUCUCCCUUAAUAAGCUUUUAAUCCAUGCUGGAAGUUCAACAAUCCCCCCUUGGCUCCAGAGUUUCCUUAAAAGCCUCUUGGAUGGCCUUUAGCCAAGAGACCUCAGGAAAAUGGAAUAACUGCUCUCCAUUAUCCACACAUUUGUGGACUGAACAUAAAACCAAAGGAUUCCCCCCUCAUGUUUAUUAGAAGGGUUUUAAUUCUGCUUUUAAUUAUGAUUUCAGUUUAAUUAAUACACAGCCAUAAUUCCUAAAUGGAAUUUGCAAAUGUGCUCAGGUAAACCUUUUAUUCCAUGGAAAAAUGCACAUUUGGUAUUAAUUAUGACUGGUGCCAAACUGAUCAUUAAUGAAGCUUUAGGGUUAAUUAGAACCAGGUGCAAAUUUCUCAGGAAGGGCUGGAAAGAGUGCAGAAAAUCCCUUUUUUGGUCAAAAAUGUGUUUAUUCCUUCAGCUCCCACAUGGAAUAUCCCAAUUUCCCCCUUUCCAACAAUAUUUUGGUAUUAAGGGUAAUUUUCACCUCGCUCUCCAGGUUGUGUUAAUGGGUUUCCAGGGAAAACUCCAAUAGCAACCGGCUCCAGCCAGGCAGAGUUGCCUCAUUCCAGCCCCCUUUGCUUCCAGCAAAAGCCAUGGAAUUCAGAAAGCAUUUGGGAGUGACUCCAGACUUCCCCUCCUUCCCUGAGAAUGGAAAACAGGUUGUUGAUCCCAUUUCACAGCUGAGGAUUUCUGGGAUGGAGAGCAGGGAAUAUUCCUCAGGCUUCCAAGGAGCACGAGGGUGGCUCUUUCUUUUUUCUAGUGGAAAAAACUUGGGGUGCUGCAAUGCCCAGGCUGGAUCUGAUCCCAAAUCCUAGGGAAGGGGAUGCACCAGGACACUGCUUUGGCCCUGCUCCUACAGGACAUCUGGGAUCAAAAUUCCCUUUCCAAAAACUCCCGGUUUUUGCUGAUGCAGGGGCAACCCUUGCUGAAAUUGGGAUGAGGUUGAACUGGAGAACUUUCCCAUGGAUUAAGGGGGAGUCAGGUUACUCCCAGCUUCCAAAAGGCAGGAAAUAUUGUGAGGAGCUCAGAUAUUUUGGAAAAGCACCAUAAAACCUGGCUGGGCUCAUGGCACAUCCAAGGGGAAAAUCCCAGGGAAUGAUUUUUCAUGGGACACAACCACCGUGCUUGUUUUCCUUGCAUCCCUCUCCAGUGGGGGUGUGGAUGUGGAAGAGCAGAAUUCCUGAUUUUGGAGCAGGACCCAGACCCACACGUGGGUGGGUAAGUGUGGAGGAAGGUCACCAGAAUUCCAUAAUUAUGGAGAAUGGAUCCAGAUCCAAACCUUCUCCUUUGUUUCCAGGUCCCAUUGUGCGAGGCCAACUCUCCAGGCAGCUCUCCAGGCACUGCAGCCUUCCAGGAAGCUCCUGGCUCAGCCUUCCCGUCCCUGAGCCUUCAGAACCGGAGCAGAGCCCCAAAAAACCCAUGUCCUCCUCCGAGCCCAUCCUGGACCUCAAGGGAGACACAGUGGAAGCACUUUCAGAGAACCUGGGAGGAACAGGGGAGCAGAGCUCCUGCCCACCACGGGACACUCCAGGGAGUGGACAAGCCCUGGAACACACGGAACCAGCAGCUCUGGAGGAGCCGAGGCAGAGCCCCGGGAUGAGGCAGGAUGGGGAUGACCCCGGGAACGCUGCCGGACCCCCCGGCCCUGGCAGGGACGCUCGGGAGGGGACAGUCCCCAGCCCCCCAAAAUCCCCACCGUGGCCAGAGGCUCCUGAGCAGUGCCCAGCCCGGCCCAGCACCCUGAGCUGGCACAGCUCCCCGAGGAAGCUGCUGGAGGGACAGCAGCGGGGCACGGACCGGGCAGUGGUCACCGAGAACGGCCUGGAGGCCACUCCGGCCACUGCCACGGCCACCACCACGGCCACAGCCACCGCCACGGGCAUGGACCGGGCAGUGGUCACUGAGAACGGCCUGGAGGCCACUCCAGCCACCACCACGGCCACCAGCACUGCCACAGCCAUGGCCACGGCCAGCAGCGAGGAGCGCCAGGCCCUGCAGUCGGAGCUGGGCAAGUGCAUCGAGGAAUUCCGCAGGAUCAGGAUCCCGGCCGCCUUUCCCAACAAAAAGAGGCAGUGGCAGAGCGAGCUGCUGAGGAAGUACCAGCUCUGAGAGCAGAUCCCAGCUCCCACCCCAAGGAAGGGGUUGGUGGGUGGCGUUUCCAGCAGUGGCACGGGGUGUCCACGCUCCCAAAAUGAGGAGCAGAGGUGGCUCGUGAAGGCCAUGUGGAUGUUGAAAGGGUCACAAGCCUGUCCCCACCACGGCCACGGAUGGGACAGGUACAGCUGGAGGGGGUAGGACAAGGAACGAUGUCCAGGACCAGCAGAAAUCCCCACAUUUCUGAAUUUCCCUGGCAUUUCAAACAAUAAAAUCAAGUUGGUGUC